AAAAGCUCUGGCGGAAGAGCUAGCAAGUGAGAGAGAGAGCAGAACGGAGAGAACGCAACUGAGAGACAACAAAAACAACGAAACACGGUUCAGCUGCACCCACUAGUGGUCACCAUCUAAUCCAGCCAGCCAUCCUCGACCUGCGCCAGUGAAAGACGUUACUGGUCCCAGUCCUGCAUACAUCAUCCUAAUCAUCGCCAGAGUCCAGUCACUCGAAGCUAACAACCAACUAACGACAGAGAAAUCCGAGCACAAGUCUCAGUUUUUUAAGGGGUUCUGAGAUGGGCAAGAAAGACAAGAACAAGGAACCGGCGGACGCUGCACCAGCUGGCGAUGCACCACCAAAUGCCGGAGCCCCGGCCGGAGAGGGCGGCGAUGGCGAGAUUGUGGGCGGGCCACACAAUCCGCAGCAGAUUGCGGCACAGAAGCGUUUGCAGCAGACGCAGGCGCAGGUUGAUGAGGUCGUGGACAUCAUGCGCACGAAUGUGGAGAAGGUGCUGGAGCGCGACAGUAAGCUGUCGGAGCUGGACGAUCGUGCCGAUGCCUUGCAGCAGGGUGCCUCGCAGUUCGAGCAGCAGGCGGGCAAGCUUAAGAGGAAAUUCUGGCUGCAGAAUUUGAAGAUGAUGAUCAUCAUGGGAGUGAUUGGCCUGGUUGUCGUGGGCAUCAUUGCAAAUAAACUUGGCCUCAUAGGCGGGGAGCAGCCGCCGCAGUACCAGUAUCCCCCGCAGUACAUGCAGCCACCGCCGCCGCCGCCGCAGCAGCAGCCCGCCGGCCAGUCGUCGCUGGUGGAUGAUGGAGGAGCAGGCGCUGGAGGAGCAGGAGUAGCAGCAGGCGGCGACCAUGGAGGCGUAUAAGUGUCCCGUAUCCUGGCUGCAUUGACGAACGUUUCUCGAUGAUAAGAUGACACCACCACCACCCCAGUGGCGGCGGCGAAACAACAACAAAACCCAAAUCCCAAAAAGGAAAUCUCAGUUAAACUAGAAAAUCUCGAGAAUUGCAUGGAACUCAGUAAUAAUUUCCACUUUAACGAUGAGCAGGAGAGGUUUUAAGUACUUACGUCAUAAUAUUAAUACUAAAUCUAAAAGGGAAGACGGACGCUCCGGACAAAUUAAAGUUGUUGCUAAUUUGUUUAUGGUUACAUUAUUUCAUGCAUAAAAAAGCGGUAUAUAUAUAUAAAUAUAACAUAAAAAUAUAAAUAUAAAUAUAAAUAUAUGAAACUUGAAUAUUACGAGUAACCCCGAAAACAAAACCGAAACCAAAAACCAACCAAAAUCUCAUACUUAUACUAUACGGAACUGGAAUCUCUGCGCUGCACUGGCAACAAGGAGCGCCAGUGUCAGAAGGAGAGCCAGGCGGUCGCUUUCCAAUGUUCGCAGCUCUUUGAACUCAGUUUCCUUAGCAAAAAAUCUAGAAAAGACAAGUAAAGAACGGAACUAUUUCGGAACAGGCGGCAGAAACCAAAGAAAUCUAAGCUUUUGUUCCUAAGUAAAGUUACGCAAAUAUGUGCGAGUAUUCGAAAAUGUAUAAUCCAAAAAAGAAAGAAAGAAAUAACAGCAAUUAAACAUAUAGAUAAUUGACUAUUAAAUGUAUUCAUGGAACUUUACUGUGCAACAAACUUAUAUAGAAAGAAGGCAAAAACCAAAGAAACCAAAGAACUCUUGAAAUCUAGUGAAAAUAUACAAAGCUAUUUAUUUUGCAGCCAUUUUGUUUAUGUGCAAUCAUUAUAAUGGUAUUACGCGAUUGAAAUUGAAGAUGAAAGAUGAAACCGGACAGUUCAACGAUUAAAUUAAGCGCUAGACACACAAUACGUUACGUUACGUUGGUUAUCCAAGGGAGUUGUUUAUUUAACAGAGCAAGGCAGAGGCAGUUACCAAUAUGUAUGUAUAUUUCAAUGUUACGAGUAAUAGAGGAGAUGGAUUCGUAGAGCCUAUAUAAACAUAAAUGUACGUACGUGUAACGAUAUGAUGAUAUUAGAUCUCACACACUCCACUCCACAUGCCACAGACCACACACCACAAUUCACCAGACACCGAAAGCCCAUCCGAACGCAUAGAGAAAUACAUAAAACUUUGCCGCACAUAUUGUACUUAUACCUUGUUCUAAAAAUACAAAAACUAUACUACAAUUAAAGUGUAUUAUUACUAAUUGAUUCAACAAGCGCCUGCCCAAAGUGCUACUUUGCCUACUAGACACACACAUUUUGGGGCACAAACAAAACAAAUCGACGAGAAUAAUAUGUUAAAUUACAAAAAUAAAUCGAAAAAGAAACAAAAAGAUAAAGAAAGAAGUGAGGGUUAAAUCGAAGAUCCAAUUCCAAAUGCAGGUAUUUUUAGCAAUAUUCGUAGCGUGUACAAUAUGUCGCUCCCCUUAAAGCUUAUUAGUAAAUCUCGUUCAAUGUCCAUUUCGUACUCACCCAGACGACACUUCACAUGCAUAUAACCAUUAUCAGAUAUAAAUCCAAUAUAUGUAUGUAAUAACCAACAUAAUGACAAGUGUUUAGAAAAGCGUUUCGAUUUUUGUUUCGAUUUUAACCGAAAAGAAGAAAAAACACAAAUUGUAUACACAACAAAAACCAAAAACACACCUAUGAGAGUCCCGGAAAUUGGAAUAAGAAAGGAACUUCAGUUCACGGAAGGAAAGCGGGCGGAAAUCUAAGGGAAAGAUGUAAGAAAACCAGAAGACAAGAAAAAACAAACGGAAAUGAGAGUAUAUAUAUACAUAUAUAUAUAUAUAUGAACCGUAUAU